UUUUUGUCAGCACCUUCAGCACGUGUGCGUGCAACGAUAUUGACUGACAGUUGUCUAACCAAAAAAAAAUUUGAUUUUCAUCAAUCCUCGUAGAUUUGUUGUUAAGAACGAAAAUGGGAAAAUUCCGAUCAAAAUUGAAGCGACACAGUAAAGGCAAACUGUGGGGACACGGCCAAUCAGCCACUUCAAAUCCGGAGAAAAGGAAACAUCGAAACAAAGCGCAGUCUCGAUUUUUUCAAUCGAAUUUGAGUCUGGCACCGAGUACUGAAAACAAAACCGGAUCGUUGACUCUCGAUGCUGUACACAAACACGAUGCUCGUCUCUCCUAUGCGGUUGGCAAUGAAGAACCGACCGUCAAUGAUAUAGCCAGCAGUCUGAAAUCGUUCAAAUUUGAUGGUGAGGAUGAGGGAAUGACCGAGUUGGGUACGUUCAAAACGUACAAGACAUUCGCGUCGAAUUACAGUGCCUGCACGAAUAUGACUUUUAGCAAACUUCUAGUCGGCUUCCGGUCGGAUUCAUCUCAACACAAAGAGAUGUUGGCUAUACUAGCUGCGCUAACUGAAGUAAUAAAAGAACGUGGAGGUGGUCAGACCUCCACCGAGUAUUUUCUCGCAUUGAUGGAGACGCUAGACGCUGCCAAGGAAGAUAACGAAUUAAUCGCUUCAGUGUCACUUCUUGCCAUGGGAAUCAAAACUGUUCCGGAAGCAGUGUUACGGCGGAAAUUCGGAGACACAGCCAGCCUUCUGAUGGAUUUGAUGAAACGUUUUGCGGACACCGACAACCAGAACGUUUUAAGAAGCAUAAUCAGCUGUAUGGCAGCGAUACUACGGGCUCAAGAAUAUUCCCUGUGGACAUUAUCGUCGACGUUGGAGUAUUUCGAUGCCAUCAUGGCAUUUGUGGUGCACCCGAAACCUAAAAUACGAAAAUCGGCUCAACAUGCCAUCGCUUCGAUCAUUCAUGGCAGUAGUUUCAUGCAGUCAACAUUGCCCACAGAUGACGAUGAGGACGUCGAGGACGUACCGAAAAAAUUCACCUUCCACCCUGCUAGCAAUCGCAUUGCUACCUUCUCCAUACAACAGUUCAAACCAGAAAACGUUGUGAAUGGACAAACGAUCGUUCUGCACACGUUGGGAUUGCUCCGCGAAACAUUGAGUGGCUUCAAAGUGGAUGACAUAAAAUUGGUCUGCGAAAAUUUACUGUCAAUCAUGACGGCCACGAAUGUCCUGAUUCGAACCAACUGCAUGCAAACGCUGUACGCCUUAUUCAAAUCGUCGUCCAAGAAUCUGUCGGCCAAUCUUAUCGGUAAAUUGAUAACGGUCCUGUACGAAUACCGACCGGAUCGCUUAGAUCCGCGUCAAAUCUUAGCCUGGUUAACCGUUGUGAAAGAGGCCCAUGUGUGCUUGUCAUCACAUGAUGUGCCCAUGUGUGUCAACGCGUUGCCCAAAUUGAUGGACAUUUGUGCAACCGAUUUGUGGAUGAACGCUCGAAACGAAAUCGUGACGGGCACUUCGAACGCCAUCAAGGAAUUGUUUAUGGAAUGCAUCAAGCCGGCUUGUUUCACCCAGCAACUGGCCGAAUCGAAUCGUAUUCCGAUCACGAAAUGCAUCCAAUCAGUUACGAAAGCGCUGAGUGCUCCAUUCGGGCACGUUGCAACUCAAGUCGUGCAAACGUUUGCUAUUGUCUUCGAAUCGGUUGGAAAGUUUUUUGCCAACGAACUGAUUGAACCGUUAACGGUAAUUGGUGGUCGGUAUGACGCUGACAGUGCGUUCCGACUUCACAUCGAGCAUGCGAUACUGUCGGCCAUUCCUACAAUGGGUCCGGAAAAUGUUUUACGAGCGAUUCCCUUGGUCAAUUCGGACGACGGUGAAGUGCUGUUGGAUCGAUCCUGGCUAUUACCUUUGCUGCGUGAAGGUAUCACGGAGUCGACGUUCGAGUUCUUCGAUUCGCACAUCCUCAAGUGGGCAGCAAAAUGCAAUCAGAACUGGAAGAAAUACCAAACGACCGAAGAAAAGCGACUGGCUCAUGUCAACGAACUGUUGUGCAGUCAACUGUGGGGCCUGUUUCCGGGCUUCUGCCGUAAGCCACUCGACAUGUACAAUUUUAAAUUGGUUGCACGGAAUUUGGGAAAUGUGUUGAACAGCAGUGUCAAUUUGAGAGCACCAAUUCUCGACGGUUUGAAGGAACUGAUGACCAAUGUGGAUGAUGACGGAAAGACGGUGUUGGGAAGAUUUGCUAAGAACUUUCUGCCCAUUUUGUUCAACAUUUAUUCGACCAAACCGAAUGGGACGUAUGAGAGUGACCUGCGAACGAAGACCAUGGAAGUGAUUGAGGAAUAUUUGAAGAUCACACCGCACGAUAAAUUGGCAGAGUUAUACGAAGUGGCUAAAGCUACGCACAAAUCGCAUGAAGCUGGCUCGUUCGCUUCCGAGGCAAUAUUUGAUAUCGUUGAGAAACUGGCGGUUUAUCAGUCGUCCGAUCAACUCAAAGAAUUGUUCGACGAUUUCAUUUCGGUGGUGCUGAAACGGAAAACGAAAAAGUCAACGGUCGCCAAAUCGUUGGAGAAAUUGAAGAAGCAACAGCGCAAAGCCUAUCAAUUGAUGUUGAACAUUUUAACAACGACCACAGAAGGGGCCACAGAUUUCGUCGAGGCCAACAUUGAUCAAAUUAAGGAAUUGGUUCUGCAGUCAUUGAAAACUACUUGCAACACAACACAAGCUGCCCGAUUAAAUUGCAUCAAGUUCCUAAUAGACAAACAGGAGAAUGUUUCAUCGGAUGAAGAUCUCAUUGUGAAGACAAUACCUGAAGUCAUUGUAGCAUACAACCAUGGAUCGAGCAAAAAGGAUAACACGGCGCUGAAUCUGAUCAUUCGUAUUGGUGAAAUUUAUCAGAAUGACGACAAACUGAACGAUUUCAUCGACGUUGUUUGCGCAGGAUUUGGUGGAGACAGUGUUCUCAUCAGUAACACAAUUCUUACACUCAAAGCAAUCGUUGCACAUUUCACCGGCAGCCUGACCGUCAGCACACUGCAAUUCCUCCUGGACCAAAUUCUAGCCUUUUUAGUCGGAAAGAAUCGCAGCGAAGUCGAAUCGGCUGUGGUGUUUUUGAUCACAUUCAUGAAGGUGUUACCAUCACCGUUGGUCGCCAAUCAUUUGACGUCGAUUGUCAAGUCACUGUCGUCAAUGGUACCGGAUACGAAACGGUACUGUCGCGUUCACAUCGGAUACAUUUUGAAGAAAUUAUGCAAGAAAUUCACUCCCGAAGAGAUUGUUAAACUUGUCCCGGGCAACGAUGAGGUGACACACAAGAAAUUGAAGAACAUCAGGAAAUUGAUGAGUCGACAGAAGCGACAGAAAGUGGCGAACGAUGACAAGAAUGAUAGUAGCGAUGAGGACGAUGUGAUAAGUAGUCUGGAGAAGAAGAGCCAAACCAUGCAGGAUAUUUUAGCUGAUUCCGAUUCCGACUUUGAUGACGAUAUGGAAGGUGAGAAGGAGCCGGUGAAGAAAUCGAAACAAAGAGAAACCUACAUUCAAGAAGAUCCUGACAGCAUAGUCGAUUUGGCGGACAUCAAUUCAAUUGGAAAGAUCACUUCAACAAAACCAUCACCGGUCACAACCACAGAAUCCAACGAAACCGACAAGAAAAAGAAAGAGAAGGACAUCAAUCGCGGCUUCAAAACGGCUGUCGAUGGUCGGCUCAUCAUCGCCGCACCGGCACGAGGAGCACAAAUGUCCGACUCGGAUGAUGACGGCGAAGGAGACGCGUCCAAGCAAAAUGCAUCGAAUAAACGUUCGCUGGAAAGUGAUAGCAGUGACGAUGAAGAUAAUCGUGAAGCGAUGCCUUCGCGCAAACGUAAAGCUAGUGAUUUGAGAAGUGUUGCGUCGAGUGCGGCUAGCAGUCGAUACGUUACCGGCGGAAAGGGUAUUCACAGAUCAAUGGGAACGGCAUCGGUUAAAUCUGGUGCGACAGGAAUGUCUCGAAUGUCAAUGGCAACCACAAAAUCAGCGAGUACCGUUUAUGGUGGUGAAUUUAAGGCGAAGAAAGCGAAAGGUGAUAUGAAGAAGAAGGGAAAAAUGGAUCCGUAUGCUUACAUUCCGUUGACAAGGAAUGUGCUAAACAAGCGAAAACGGGCCAAGAGUUCUGGACAAUUCAAGGGUAUUGUUGCCGGUGCAAGGAAGGGUGCUGCAGCUGGUUCAAAGAAUCGAAUUCAAAAAGCUUAUAAAAAACAAAAAUAAUUUCAUGUUACAAUCAUCAAUGGAUUUAUUAAAGGCGUUUUAUUGCAAUUAAA